AUGGGAAACAGGGCAAAAUUAUGCUUUACUCUUUUCUUGGUAGUUACAGUGUUUUCUCAUUUGAAGAGUUAUGGUGCUGCAGUCGAGGCUGGAGAUACUCUUUCGUUGGGUGCCUCGCUUGCUGGAAACCAGACAAUAUUUUCCAAGAACGGCACAUUUGAGUUGGGAUUCUUCAGCCCAAAUGGAAGCAACUGGUAUAUUGGCAUCUGGUAUGCCAAAAUACCAGAGAAGACGAUUGUUUGGGUGGCAAACAGGGAGACUCCAGCCAGAAACAGGUCUGGUGUUUUGAAGCUGUCAAGAGAAGGUAAUCUGGUACUGUUCGAUACAGAGGGCGCUUCUAUUUGGUCUGUCAACAUGUCGAAGAAGGCCUCCCGGGCUGUGAUAUUGGAUUCUGGUAAUUUUUUAAUGCUGAGCGGUAACAAUAAAUCUGAAACUGUUUGGCAGUGUUUCGACAAUCCUUUAAAUGCAGUAUUGCCAGGAAUGAGGUUUGGUGGACAGCAAAAGCUAGUUUCUUGGAAAAACUCACUGGAUCCCGCUCCUGGGCUUUUCUCCUUGCAUGUGGAUCCAUCUGGGGCCAAACAAUUCGUGGUUACAUGGAACAAUUCUGUACAGUAUUGGGAGACUGGAACUUGGGAAGACAAAAUUUUCAGUGGACUUCCAGGCCUGAACAAGAGCUUUCAUAUGAUUGUUGAAAGUAGUAGCUCUGGUUUGUAUUUCAGUUAUACAUUGAAGCCUGAAUACACUGUGCUCUCACGUUACGUCCUAACAAAGUUCGGAGGAAUGCAAGUCAAUGCUUUUGUUGAUGGCAGUAAAUGGAACACGUACUGGUCUCAGCCCGGAGACGCAUGCGCCAGCCCGUUUAACUGCGAUGCCCAAAAUAGCAGCACUGAGAGAUUCGUCGACCUUAGUGUGACGUUAGCUAAUGAUUACGCAUCCUCGUGCACUGCGUUUUCUUUCAGUCAGCCGUCAGGGCCUUGCCAAAUCUGGUCCGGAGAUUCGCUGAACAUGCGCAACUCUCCUCCGUCGGAAAGCAGUUCAAAUGUCUCCAUCCGAGUAGGAGCCUCCGAACCUCCAACGAAACGCAAAACCUUUAGUAUUGUGGGCACAGUGCUUCGUAUUGUUGGUGCUCUCACUGUUGUGUUGGGUAUCUUUUCAGUUUUCAUCUGGCGAAGGAAUCAGCUACUACCGAAGGACAGGUAUGCAGAUUCCUCGAACUCCUUUCUUAGAAUGUUUAGUUACGAGGAAUUGAAGAUUGCAACUAGGAAUUUCAAGUUUGAGUUGGCACUAGUACAUUUUGCGCUGAUUUCUGAUGGCCGUUUGUCGGAUUUUCGAUGA